GAACAACCAGCUCAGCCUCCAGAGCCUUCUUCAGGGGAGGUGGAACCUUCGCCAACUCAACAGGAACAGCCAGCUCAACCUCCAGAGCAUCAUGAAAUGACAGUUUCACCUCCAAGUCACCCUCAGGCUCAGCAUUCAGACUUAUCCGUUCGCCAAGGACCCCCAAUUCAACCACCGUACCCCGAGGUGACAUUUCCAAAUCCAGAGCAAGUUCAGGCUCGCCACCCAACCUUGAUUGAGGUCACAAUUCAACCAUUGGACCUUGGACUGACCAGAAGGCCAGAACCCACUAAGGAGGACGAACCUUCUCCAGUCAUGCAGGAGACCUUAACCCAGCCUGCAGAACCACCUCAGGAGGUUUUUGUAGCUCAGCCUCCAGUAUAUCACAAUCCAAUAGUUCCAACACCGCAUCAGGAUCACACUGAGCCUCCAACAUCACCCAGUAUCACA